GAUGGUUACCUUGAAAAUUAUCUUUUCAAUUGUGUCUGAUAAAUUCUAAGAGGUUAUAAUAAAUAAAAAUAAUGAAUAAUAAUUGUUUACAAAAUAAUUAAACAAUGCAUAUGUUAAUUAAAAAAUUGUGUCAAUUGUGUCAAAUUACUAGAUCUAACAGUAUUAAAAAUAUUCGUAAAUACAAUGUAACAUCAGUAUGUCAAGAUCGAUAUAUACUACCAGCUGAUGAUGACAAUGACAUAAUUGAAAUUGAACAAACACCAGAAAUAAUUAAAAAACCAAUAAUAAAAUGUAAACGUAAUGAAUUUGAUUUUUAUGAUGGUACUGAAUAUUCAAAAUAUGAAAUUGUACCAAUUGCUUGUGAUGGUUGGAAUCAUCUAAAUUCUAGAGGUGAUUUUUUUACAAUUUAUCCAGUUAUUCAGAAAAUUGAUGAAGAAGAAAAUAAAAAACUUGAAAAUGUAACAUUUAGAGAUUUAGGUAUUACAUCAAAAUUAUCAGAUAUUGUUAAGAAACUUGGAUAUAAUGAACCAACAACAAUACAAAAAUAUGGAAUACCAGAAAUUUUAGCUGGUCAAAAUACAAUGAUACAAGCUGAAACUGGAACUGGUAAAACUCAUACAUAUCUUUUGCCAAUAAUUGAUCAAAUACAACGUUGGAAAAAAUUAGUUGAACCAAAAAAAAAUACACCUCUUGUAUUAAUACUUGCACCAAGUAGAGAAUUAGUAUUACAAAUUGGAAAUGAAGCUAGAAAAAUAGCUGAUGAUUUGGAUAUCAGUGUUAAAUCUCUUAUUGGUGGUAGAACAAAAUAUUUAAUGCGUAAUCCUCCAGUAAAUUAUGUUGAUAUUUUAAUUGGUACAGUUGGAUUGACAAGUAAAUUAACAACAACGCGUGUAUAUAAACUUGAUCAAAUACGUCAUACUGUUUUGGAUGAAGCACAUGCACUUUUUGAUGAAACUUAUGAAGAAAAAUUAUCACAUUUUAUCAAAAGAAUUAAUUUUGGUUUUAAACAAACAACUGAUGCAACAAAAGCUCCAGUUAGCAGUCAAUUGACAAUGGCAUCAGCAACAAUGCCAUCAACAUAUCCAAGCUAUUUACAAAGAGUUAUUGAUUUGGAAUCAAUUCUUCCUAUACAAACAAAAAAUAUUCAUCGUGUAUUGAUACCACAAAAAUUCAUGCGUCUUGGACCACAACAAAAACCUGCUGCAUUAUUAAAAAUAAUGAAAGCACGUACAUCAAAAAAAGAAUCAACAUUAAUAUUUUGUAAUGACACUGCAACUUGUGAUUGGAUGUCAAUAUUUUUAAAUAAUAUGAAUAUAAAUGCUGUUUCAUUACAUGGUAAUAUGCCAACACCAAUAAGAAGAGAUCAAUAUUGGAAAUUUCGUAAUGGAGAAGUUAGUGUAAUAUGUACAACAAAUUCAACAGCAAGAGGUCUUGAUACAGUUACUGUUGAUUGUGUUAUUAAUUAUGAUUUUCCACUUAAUACUGCUGAUUACAUACACAGAUGUGGUAGAACAGGAAGAAUUGGCAGUAGACAACCUGGACGUGUUAUUAAUUUUAUAUCUCGUAAAUUAGAAAUUGAAUUAACUAAAAAAAUUGAAAGAGCAACUAGAAGAAAUAAAGCAUUACCAAUAUUUGAUCUUCAAGAUCAAGAAAGUGAAAAAAAUGAUAAAGCAAUGGAUGAAGAAAUGGAUCAACUUUUAUCAUCAUCAGGAUAAAAAAUACAAAAUAAAUCAAUAAUUUUAUAACAAAUGUUUUUUUAUCAUUAAAUUAAUUCA